GACUAGCACCGCUCACUCGUGAUACCCUGAGAUGCAAAACAUGAACUCCUUAUUGUUGCUAGCCAGCCGGUAGCAAUAGCUUGCUAGCUGGCCUUAAAUUUGCGAGCAGGCAUGAUGGAAAACAACGAUGGGAUGGAGGUGGAUGGCUGGGACUCCAGUCUAGAGGAAGAGUUUGGUAUUUCUCUGGACGAGCUAAAGAAGUGGAUUGAAGAAGCUGUUGAGAAGAGCGAAACCGUGCAGAAGAAAAAGGCUCAGCUAACAGAGCUCAAGGAAUGGGUGGAGCAGAAAGAGGAAGAGGAGGCGAGAACUGAGAAGCUUCUGAAAGAUGCCAACCAGUCCUUGUUGGAGUGUGAGAAACUGGUGAAGGAAACAUACCAGAAGAACGGUCUGGUUUACCGUGAGAGCAGCUCAGAGGAUGAAGGAGGCGGAGGAGGCCUGCUGGCCUCUGAAGUUAUUGAGAUAGAUGAUGAUGACGAUGAUGAUGUCAUCGCUGUCGGCUGUUUGGUUCCUCCAAAGAAGCCGAUCACUCCCAGCAAAGAUUCAGGGGUAAAAGACGCCUCUGCAGCUUUACAGAAAACCUCGCAGCAGGUGGAGAAGUUGGCUCAUUUGAUCAACAAGCCUUCCCUGGCCGCUCCAUCAAUCCGGUCUCCAACACAGCCCACAUCCCAGACAGGUAUUCAGAGUUCAGCUCCAGCAGUGUUUGUGUCCCAGGUUGCAUCUCAUUCAAUGACCCAGCCCAAUCCAAACAUAAAAGAGGAUGAACUUAAAGUCGGGAUGACUAUUCUGGGAAAGAAGCGCACCAAGACGUGGCACAGAGGCGGACUUGUUGCUAUUAACCCUGUUGGAGGGGGUAUAUUCAAGUAUAAAGUUAAGUUUGAUAAAGGAAAGAGUCUGCUGUCAGGAAAUCAUGUGGCAUUUGAGUACAACCCCACUCUUGAGAGUCUAUUUGUUGGAGCUCGCGUUGUCGCCAAGUACAAAGACGGCAAUCUGGAGUGGCUUUAUGCUGGAAUAGUGGCAGAGAUGCCCAACAACAAGAACCGCAUGAGGUUUUUAAUCUUCUUUGAUGAUGGCUAUGCUUCUUAUGUACACCUACCUGACCUCUACCCUGUUUGCCGACCAUUAAAGCGUACCUGGGAGGACAUCGAGGAUGCAUCAUGUCGAGACUUCAUUGAGGAGUACAUCACUGCAUAUCCCAGCAGGCCUAUGGUGCUCCUGAAGGUCGGGCAGAUCAUCAAGACAGAGUGGGAGGGAACCUGGUGGAAGAGUAAAGUGGAGGAGGUGGAUGGAAGUUUGGUCAAGAUCCUCUUUUUGGAUGAUAAAAGGAGUGAGUGGAUCUACAGAGGCUCCACCCGGUUAGAGCCAAUGUUCAACUUGAAGAUGACCACCGCCAACACGCAGGAGAAGAAGCUGGCAGGACAGCAGAGAACACGACCUAACAUGGGGGCAUUAAGGAGUAAAGGCCCAGUGGUUCAGUACACCAGCGAUGGACAUGUAGGAGCCUCUCCUGUCAAAACAGCACAACUCCCAACAUCAAGCCAAUCCUCGCCGACACUACAAAUGUCUGUCCGUCCUCAGUCCUUACAGCCACAGCUCCAACAGACUCCACAGCCUCUGCAGCCCUCACAGAGCCCACAAGCUCCUCGAGUUGACAACAAGCAUCAGAUGGCGAAGAAGAGCACUUCUCCAUUUGUCCCAGGGGUGGGGGGCACUCACGCCUCCAGAAUCAUGCAGUCUCUUACCUCGAGUCCCAGCAGCCUCCCUGGAGUAAGACCACUGACUGUCCAAAGUCCUUUCUCACAGACAUAUCAGAGACAGGUGUCCACUCUGGGAUCUCCCACUCCUACUAUCACCCAUGCAGUUGCCACCAUCCCACAUCAACCUGCAUACCGCGCCCCAACUGACCGCAUCUUCUACCUGCCACACACUUGUCAGCCUGCAUGUCUGAACAGAGUCCGACCUGUGAAACCAGACAUGCACCGCGGGAAGAACCCCCUCCUCACUCCUUUGCUGUACGAUUUCAGACGCAUGACAGGGCGACGCAAAGUCAACCGCAAGAUGUCCUUCCAUGUGAUCUACAAGGCUCCUUGUGGUCUUUGCCUGCGUAACAUGGCAGAGAUCCAGCACUACCUCUUCCAGACGCGCUGUGACUUUAUAUUUUUAGAGAUGUUCUGUCUUGACCCCUACGUGCUCGUGGAUCGGCCGUUCCAGCCUCAGAGACCGUUCUACUACAUCCCAGACAUCACGGGCGGGAAGGAGGAUAUCCCCCUCUCCUGUGUCAAUGAGAUUGAUACCACACCACCUCCUAACGUUAAAUACAGUAAAGAGCGUAUUCCUGAAGAUGGAGUUUUUAUCAACACCAGUGCGGACUUCCUGGUCGGGUGUGAUUGUACUGACGGCUGUCGAGACAAAUCCAAAUGCUCGUGCCACCAGCUGACCCUGCAGGCCACCGGGUGUACACCAGGGGGACAGAUCAACACGGGCGCUGGCUAUCUGCACAAACGAUUAGAGGAGUGCCUCCCCACAGGGAUCUAUGAGUGUAAUAAGAGGUGUAAAUGCUGUUCUCAGAUGUGCACAAAUAGGUUAGUGCAGCAUGGCUUACAGGUGCGUCUACAGCUGUUUAAGACCCAGAACAAAGGCUGGGGCAUCAGAUGUCUGGACGACGUGGCCAAAGGCUCUUUUGUCUGCAUUUAUGCUGGUAAAAUUUUAACGGAUGACUUUGCUGACAAAGAAGGUCUAGAGAUGGGUGACGAGUAUUUUGCUAAUUUGGACCACAUAGAGAGUGUGGAGAACUUUAAGGAGGGCUACGAGAGUGAGGCUCACUGCUCGGACAGUGAGGGGAGCGGUGUGGACGUGUCAAAGAUAAAAAUUCAGCCAUCAGCUCUAGUGUCUGGUAACCCCGUGGGACGACCAUCCAAGAAGACGCGAAGCCCGAGCUCGUCAGGGGACAGCAACGAUGACGAUGACAAGGAUUCGAAGAGUGAGGACGAGAGCGACAGUUCAGAUGAUACGUUUGUGAAGGAGAACUACUUCAACUCCAGCUCAGUGUGGAGGAGUUACACCACACGGGGCCAGGUCAAAGGAAACAAGGAAGGGAGUCAAGACAGUAAAGAUGGAUUAAAUCCCUCUGCCAGAGAUGAUGACAAACCUCCGUCCAUGCCGGAGGAGAUGGGGAAAAGUAAAGUGGCUUCAUGGCUUACCAAUCAGGGGCUGAAGAAGGAAACUGGAGACAGUAAAAGUCAAGUGAAGCCAGAGAUUGGGAAGAAGCAGGAUGUGAUGACUCUCUCUGACAGUGAUGAUGUUCAGACCAUCAGCUCUGGCUCUGAAGACAACAAAGACAGAGAGAAGGCCACCCCAGGGGUGAUGAAGAAGCAGGUAGCAGUGAAAUCUACUCGAGGCAUCGCCCUGAAGAGCGGUCAUGGGAUGAUGGUGAAAUCAGGUGCACCAGGGGGUGGGGGAGGGCAGGGGGGUCAGGGAGGGAAAUCAGGACAGCAGGGACAGACAGGAGGAGAAAGUGAAAAUGCUUCUAAAAACACCCGUUUAUUCUUUGAUGGAGAAGAGUCUUGUUACAUCAUUGAUGCCAAGCUUGAAGGAAACCUUGGACGUUACCUCAAUCACAGCUGUAGUCCUAACCUUUUCGUCCAGAAUGUGUUUGUGGACACACAUGACCUGCGAUUUCCCUGGGUGGCUUUCUUUGCCAGCAAGCGUAUCCGCGCAGGCACAGAGCUGACCUGGGACUACAACUAUGAGGUGGGCAGUGUGGAAGGGAAAGUGUUGCUCUGCUGCUGUGGAUCCACCGAGUGCAGAGGAAGACUGCUGUGAUCUUCAUCCAUCAUGAUUUUCAUCUUCUCCCUCCGUUGCAUCUGUAGGAAACUUAAAGGAGCCCUUCAACACUGUAACUUUGUGUUGUUUUUUUUAAUAUGUUGAACUUUGGAUUUUAUUAUAUUUCAGCUGUUUUGUUGCCUUUAUUUUAUACCAACAUAUUUUCCUGAUUGUCUUGUUUUAUCCAUGUUGUGUAUCUGAAUAAACAGUUUU